AUGAUGAAUUUUAAUAUAUCAAAUGCCAACUACCAUACUUUCAUUCUGACAGGUAUCCCAGGGAUGCCAGACAAGAAUCCAUGGAUGGUCUUUCCCUUGGGAUUUCUCUACACACUAACUCUCCUGGGAAAUAGCAUCAUUCUGGCUGUCAUCAAGAUGGAUCAGAGUCUCCAUGAACCCAUGUACUACUUCCUCUCUAUCUUGGUUCUGACUGAUGUUAGUUUCUCCAUGUCCACUUUGCCCUCCAUGCUCAGCAUCUUCUGGUUUAAUGCCCCUGAGAUUGCUUUUGAUGCGUGUAUCACCGAGAUGUUCUUCAUCCAUAGAUUCGGAGUGGUAGAAUCAGGAGUACUAGUGUCCAUGGCCUUCGACAGAUUUGUUGCCAUCCAAAACCUGCUACACUAUGCCUCCAUUCUCACCCAUGGUGUCAUUGGCGAGAUUGGAAUAACUGUCCUGACCUGGGCAGUCUGUGUGGUCUUCCCUGGGCCCUUCCUUAUAAAGAGGCUACCAUUCUGUCGUUCCAAUGUCCUGUCUCAUUCUUACUGUCUCCACCAAGCUGCAACGCGACUAGCCUGUGCUAGCACCCAUGUCAACAGCCUUUAUGGCCUCAUCAUCGUCAUCUUCACAUUGGGGCUGGAUGCUUUUAUCAUUCUUUUUUCCUAUGUGCUCAUCUUGAAGACUGUGCUGGGCAUUGCCUCCACAGCUGAAAGGCUCAAAGCCCUCAAUACCUGCCUCUCUCACGUCUAUGCUGUGCUUCUCUUCUAUGUUCCUCUCAUUGGCGUCACCAUGAUUCACAGAUCUGGGAAGCAUUUGUCACCAGUAGUGCACACACUCAUGGCCAAUAUCUACCUGCUGCUCCCCUCAGUCUUGAACCCCACUGUUUAUAGUGUGAAGACUAAGCAGAUACGAAGACAGAUCAUCCAAGUGUUCCAGAGGAGAAAGAAUAGCACGUAGUGGACUGAGAUCACAUGUAAGAGAC